AUGUAUCUGCGACUCCCCCUUACCUCGCUUAUUCUCAGCACCUUUACCCGCAGCUCCUUCUCUCAAACUCCCCCCUCCAAUCCCGAAUCACACGCCUCCCACCUGCAAGAAUGUCUUCAAGCGCGCUUCGUGCCCUAUUCGAAUGCUACUUCUCCGAACUGGGCCAAUCUGACUACUCCUUUCAAUCUACGUCUGCAGUACACACCUACGGCGGUUACGCUCCCGAAGGCGCAGGAACAGGUGGCGAAUAGUGUGGUUUGUGCAGCGAGGGCGGGGUUGAAGGUUCAGCCGAGGGGUGGGGGACAUAGUUAUGCGAGUUACAGUAUGGGCGGGAGGAAUGGGAGUGUAGUGGUGGAUAUGAGUGGGUUUGAUGAGAUUUUCGUGGAUAGGGAAACGUAUAUUGCGAAGAUAGGCGCGGGACAAAGACUGGGUAAUGUGGCGCUGGGGAUUCAUGCGCAAGGCGGUAGAGCUUUACCGCAUGGAACAUGUGCUGGUGUUGGAAUAGGCGGUCACGCAACCCAUGGAGGCUAUGGUUACGAUUCCCGUCUCUGGGGCCUAGCACUCGACACCAUCGUCGGACUCGACGUCGUCCUCGCCAACGGCACAUUUGCUCACACAAGCGAAACUGAAAAUCCCGAUCUCUGGUACGCGUUACGAGGUGCCGCUGAUGCUUUUGGCAUCGUCACACAUUUUUAUAUGCAAACACUUGCUGCACCGGCAGAAGUCACAUAUUUCACCGCGAAUCUCUCAUCCACGCUUUCCAGCGCCGAAAAAGUUUCUACCGCGUUUUUGAAAACUCAAGAUUUUGUUCUGAAGAGCGGUCUGGCCAUCACAGGAAUGUGUACCUUUUGCGAUCUUGCCCAUUUCCGAGAUGUAGUUUUCCCUGAACUCGUGUCAGGUUUCGAUAUCGAUUCGAGGAAUAUAACGAAUUUGUCCUGGAUCGAUACACUCGCUACGCUUGCCGCACCCGAUCCGCUCGCUCAACCUCUCUUAAACUAUGAUUUACACGAUACUUUCUAUGUCAAAUCCCUCGUUACCAAGAAUGAUAGGCCUCUCACCCCCGAAGCAGUCCUCGCAUUUUUCUCAUAUAUCCUCUCUCAUCAAUCCCCAUCCAUCCCCUACUUCUCCACCAUCAAUCUCUACGGCGCCCCGGGCUCCGCCAUCGAUAGCGGAGAGAUAUCGUCUUCGAGUCAUGCAGAUAUGGAUGCGUUGUGGGUAUUCCAGAACUAUGGAUAUACACCCAAUCAUCUCCCCCUGUGGGAUGAUCGCAUCACGGAUGUGAUUGAGGGGAUGACGAAUGCGGUUGUGGAUGCGCAACCGAGCGGGAAUUUCUCGGGGUAUGUCAAUUAUGUGGAUCCGGAUUUGGGGGCGGAGGAGGCGGCGGAAUGGUAUUAUGGGAAUGGGACGUAUGAUCGGUUGUUGGGGAUUAAGACGGAGGUGGAUAGGGGGUUUGUUUUUUGGAAUCCGCAAGCGAUUGGGAAUGUUGGGGUUUUGCCUGUAGGAGUUGGAGAGGAGUAA